AUGGGCGCCCAGCAAUCAUCGCAAGACGGCGCUGGCGCCCGCAGCGCCAAUGACGGGUCUGCAACUGUCCGCAAGACAUGUUACUACGAAGUUCUCGAAGUAGACCGGUCUGCCGACGAUGCGGAAAUCCGGAAGGCGUAUAAAAAGAAGGCCCUCGAGCUGCACCCGGACCGCAACUUCAACGAUGUCGAGAACGCUACCAAGAAGUUCGCCGAGGUUCAGACUGCGUACGAGAUCCUCUCCGAUCCACAGGAACGAGCGUGGUACGACUCUCACCGUGACGCCAUUCUCCGCGGCGACGCCGACUCCGACGAUGUCCCUCCAGAGCACUACAAUGUCCGCCUGACCACCACCGAGGAGAUCAUGACCCUCAUGGGCCGCUUCAGCCGCUCCGUUCCUUUCAACGACAGUCCCAAUGGCUUCUUUGGCAUACUUGACAUCAAAUUUGGCCAGCUCGCGACCGAAGAGGAGGCGGCCUGUAACUGGGAAGGCGCCGCGCCAGUCGAGUACCCGCCCUUCGGCUCCAGCGACGACAACUACGAUCUCGUCGCCAAGCCCUUCUACAACGCCUGGUCCAGCUUCUCCACCAAGAAGUCUUUCAGCUGGAAGGAGAAGUGGCGGCUGUCUGACGCCCCUGACCGCCGCGUGCGCCGGCUGAUGGAGAAGGAGAACAAGAAGAUUCGCGACGACGCCAUACGGGAUUUCAACGACGCCGUCAGGUCGCUCGUCGCAUUCGUCAAGAAGCGUGACCCCCGAUAUGUGCCCAACACGCAGUCCGAAGCGGAGAGGCAAAAGGUCUUACGUGACUCUGCCAUUGCCCAGGCUGAACGAGCCCGUGCAGCGAACCAGCAGAAGUUGAGCGAGGCCUACGUCGCGGACUGGGCGCAGUCGAGGGGAGACAAUGACGAGUACAAUGACGAGUUCGCGACCAGCGAGGAGGAGUCCGAGGUGGAACAUUUCGAGUGCGUUGUGUGCAACAAGACGUUCAAGAGCGAGAAACAAUACGAGGCCCACGAGAAGAGCAAGAAGCAUGUCAAGGCCGUGCAGCAGUUGCGGAGACAAAUGAAGCAAGAGGAUCUGGUUUUCGACCUGGACGAGCCCGCGGAACCGACAGAGGCUGGCGGUGAUGAACCCCCAGCUCCGAAAGCCGCGCAAGAGCCAGUGGAAAGCGACGCCAAAGCCGACACGGUGACCAGUGAAGCACAAGAGGAUGUGGAAGAUGAGUCGGCUGGGUCGUCUUCUGAGAAAUGGAAUGACGAGUAUGCACCGCGUGAAGUUGUUGAGAGACGUCUCGCGCCGGGAUCAAGGACAGAUAGUCCGAACCAAAAAGACAGCAGCGACGAACUCGAGGCACAAAUGACAGAAGUGACCCUCGACGAUGAUUCAGUGCCCAAGCAAGAAAUAGGCAAGGCCAAGCUGAACAAAGCCAAGUUGAAGAGGGCCAAGAAGGCGGCUAACCAAGCGGCCCAAACCCCCUCGAACAAAUGUGCAGUGUGCGGCGAGGAUUUCGAGUCCCGCACCAAACUCUUCAAGCACAUCAAGGACGAAAGCCACGUAGGACUCAAGCCGGCAACGCAAGCUGGUAAAUCCGGUAAGAAAAAGAGAUGA